GCUGUGGCUUGACUCCUCCCGCGCCAGUUUUCCAGUGUCCCCUAUGCUCUCACGUUCACCCUUUGAACGCGUUCUCUUAUAGCAGUUCUCCCCGAUUUAGCAGAUGCUAUAGCGUGUCACUUGGGCGUACUGCUCUUCCCACACCGCUAUGUUUCGAAACCGGACUGGCUCCCAGAAACCCAACGAGGAGUUGAUAGCAAGUUUCAAGUCAAGCUAUCCACAACUCGCGACAACCUCUGGCUCCUCUGUCGCUCCUAUCCAAGGCCAUACGUCGCUAACCGAUGCUCUGGAUGUCGCUGUACAGUCCCGUCCCUUCCCAGAGGACCAUGAUAUCAAAGAUGAGGAUCCUACCCCGAGAGGAAAUCCUGAGCAAUGGCGGUUUACACCCUCGAUAAUGGAUCCCAAUUCUUUCACCUUUACUUCUUUCGCCAAUCAGCCGCCUGGCUACUAUACCCCGACGCCUGGUGGCACGAACACCUUCUAUCACAGUCAAGCUGGAGAUCUUCAUACUCCCGGCUUCACUAUGGGGCUGGGGACUCCGCUCUCUUUACCACAUGUAACCUCAGAAGGUGGACCGGCCACUACAGCCCCGUUGCACGGGUUUCAGCCAUCCAUCGCGCCGCUCCAUUUUCAGAACCCGAACCCUUUCGCAAUCCCUCAUCACCCGGAAUCAUUUGCUCCACAUCAGUUCCAGCAGCCAGAGUCUUCCUUCCAUCCGUUGGAGACCAGCCACGAGGACCCUUCAAUAGGCGACAUGCAUGUCGAUGUUGAGAUGCACGAAGACCCCCAGGCGCUAUCUUUUCCUGCGACCUUUGAGCAGACGAGUUUGAUGCCCCAUGCUCCUCAACAAGCUCUUGAGAAUUUCCGAUAUCACGUUACUUUGAAUGCUCCGACAGCAAUGAUCAAACACGCAGACGAGAUACCAGUCACUUAUCUGAACAAAGGACAAGCAUACUCUAUCUCGGUCGUCGAUACCAGACCAGAACACAUGUCUGGGGUUAUACCCCGAUACCGAACGUUCGUCAGAAUAUCAUUCGAAGACGAACAGCAGCGACAACGACCGACCGCAUGCUGGCAACUUUGGAAAGAAGGCCGAGGAUCAAAUGAGGCUCAUCACCGUGGUGGUCGACUGCAGGCCGUCGAAUUCGUUGAUCCAUCUCAAAUCGGUGGCGGCGAGCUGCUCGGACGACCACAGGUCGAAGUGGACUGCGCCUCUUUCGAUGGGUUCGCGGUAUUCUGGUCCCCCCCGCCAGGCGGAUCAAGCGAAUGCUCCAUCGCUGUUAGAUUCAACUUUCUCUCCACCGAUUUCAGCCACUCGAAAGGCGUCAAGGGCAUCCCAGUGCGACUCUGCACCAAGACCGAGUUGGUGACCUUCGAGGGUCCCCAAGGCUCUCCGGAGCAGAUUCCACCGAACCAGACUAUUACCACAACACCCGAAACAUGUUAUUGCAAAGUCAAGCUAUUCCGUGACCAUGGUGCGGAACGCAAGCUCUCGAAUGACGUCGCCCACGUCAGGAAAUCGAUCGAGAAAUUGAAAACCCAGAUUUCCAACCUCGAAUCUGGCUUGAAAGACUUCGGCAAACGCAAACGUGCAAGCCUGGAAUCGAAGACGAUUGCUGGGAGCUCACGGCCGGGCAAGGUUCCGAAGCACAAGCGCACCUGGAGCAUGUCGAGUGCAAGCACUGGCGAGCGAGAGGGCAGUGGAAGAGGAGGCGCUGAGGAGGACCUUCAUCUCAAGCUGGCUACUCUUCAAGACAUGUUUACCAGUACUCGACCAGCCAGUGUCCUUUAUUUGAAAGGAGAGGAACCAGAUGAUCCGGACCUCCAUCCUGUUCACCUGACCGGUACUGAGGCGUUCGAUUUGGUAACAAAAUUGGAUGCUUCUACUGGUCCCCUGGACGCUGGCGUCUGGGAGCGCCAAAGUGGUCACUCGAGCAGCAUUGUAAGCCCUACACCAAGUACGCGCAGUAUCCACAGCGGCGGUCGAAGAAGCUCGCAGAUUGCGCCAUUUAAUCCCUCGGGCAGAAUUGAGAGCAAUGAAUGGCGCAGCAUAACCGGUCAGACUGCUACUGGCGACCUUCCUGGACAAUCGGUGACCGCGAACAUGGCCGGGCAGUUGUCAAGCGUCCCUGAGGGUCCUGUGAAGGUCCCGAAACAAAGUACUGGCGGUGACGACGGCCACAGCUUAUCAGGAUGGAUAGAGGCGAUCGGCGUGGACUAUAGUUACCAACCGCCAUCCGAACAGGCGAUGAAGCCAAUUGCAAGUUUCUAUAUUCUUCCACGCUUGCGCGGCCAACCCUCUGACGACCCCUAUUACCGCGCCAUCUACCUCAUGACUCGAACCGCGAAAGACUUGACCGAUACCAUUUCUGCGAAAUGCGGUAUCGAUCCAACCUUGGUGCAACGUGCUCUGCGCGUCAACGCGAAAGGACUCAGCAUCCUCAUCGACGACGACGUGGUCCGUGAAAUGCCGGAAGGCAUGGAUAUGGUCGCCGAGUUCGUUGAUCUGAAGCCAGAGCGUGGUAUCGACAGUCUGCCCGCGCCUCCUGCACGAACGAAGGGCGAGUGGGAUCCCGAUCAUACCGAUAUUCAACUCGACAGUGACAUCGGGAUUGUUGAAGAUAAUCGAGUGGACGUGUGGGAACUACGCCUCAUUUUCUAAUCCUUCUCCAUGGAGCUGCCGGCCCAAUAAUCGCAUUCCUUACGACGCAUCUUUCUUUGACCAAGACUGGUUCCCAAGCGAACAAAUACCUCCCUAGCUAAGGGUUCCUUAACUCUAAUAUUUCUUACGGACUUGCAUCGGCGAAAUAGGUGUUGCUUCAAUGCACUCCUUUGACCAUUUCGCCAACGAUCACGCUAAAUUUGGAUCAACUAUUUACUUCAAUGAUACCCCGAAAUCUUUUUGUC